AUACAUGUCAUGUGCACGCAAGGGCGUCCCUCCCUUGCCGGCAGCUUCCAAGCCUUUACCUCCUCUGGGCAGGAGCAGGGUUCUUGCUGUCGCUGUGUCGCACGGGUUUUAUUGAUUAUCUAGAAGCAAGAGGAAUUGACGCGGGAUUCGGCUUUUCUACGUCACCUCACUUUCUUUUUCUUUACCGUUUUCUUUUUCCUCUGGUGUUUUCUAUCCUUCGAGCAGUAUAUAAUAUUCCAAUUGGUGGACCGCUUUCUUCGUUUUAUUUCGUACUUCCCUUCUUUAUCUACUUUCUUUUUCUGAUUCCGGCGAAUUUCGUGAAUACCCAUUUCCUUAAUUCAUUCAUUUUCACGUCUUUCACUUGAAUUCUAUCAUGGAAGAUGCGAAUGUUGUGGAAGCUAAAGAUGGAACCAUUUCUGUAGCCUCUGCAUUUGCUGGCCAUCAAGAAGUUGUACAGGAUAGAGACCACAAAUUCUUAACAAAAGCAGUAGAAGAAGCAUAUAAAGGGGUUGAUUCUGGAGAUGGAGGCCCAUUUGGAGCAGUUGUUGUUCGUAAUGAUGAAGUAGUUGUCAGCUGUCACAACAUGGUUUUGAAAAACACUGACCCAACUGCACAUGCAGAGGUUACUGCAAUAAGAGAGGCAUGUAGAAAACUCAAUCAAAUUGAGCUUGCAGACUGUGAAAUAUAUGCCUCCUGUGAGCCUUGUCCAAUGUGCUUCGGUGCCAUUCAUCUCUCAAGAAUCAAGAGGUUGGUUUAUGGGGCCAAAGCCGAGGCAGCUAUAGCUAUCGGCUUCGAUGAUUUCAUUGCAGAUGCAUUGAGGGGUACUGGAUUCUACCAAAAAGCUCACCUGGAGAUCAAAAGAGCAGACGGUACGGGUGCUGUUAUUGCAGAACAAGUCUUUGAGAAGACAAAGUCCAAGUUUACUAUGUAUUGAAAAUUUGUACUCUGGCUUCUGCCUAAACA